GCUCAUGAUGAAGUCUGCCCUGAAUUUCCACUGACUUGCGAAGGCUGUGGGAAGAAAAUUCCAAGGGAGAAGUUUCGGGAUCAUGUGAAGACUUGUGGCAGAUCUAAAGUGCCUUGCAGAUUUGAGGUUGUCGGAUGUGCUGAGGUGGUGGAAAAUGAAAAGCUACCAGAACACGAAAGCAAGUGUUUGGCGGAGCAUCUCUACAUGCUGCUGAGUGUUGUGCUCAGCCUCAAGGCUGGGUCACUGGAGCUCUUGGGAAGAUGUGAGGCCCUUGAGAGGAAAACGGUGACCUUUGAGAACAUUGUCUGCGUGCUCAAUCGGGAGGUGGAAGAGGUGAAAAGAGUUUCUCUAACAGCUGAAGCCUACAGUCGGCAGCAUCGACUAGACCAGGAGAAAAUCGAAACACUGAGUAAUAAGGUCCGGCAGCUGGAAAGGAGCAUUGGGCUCAAAGAUCUGGCCAUGGCUGAGAUGGAGGAAAAGAUCCGCAACAUGGAAGCAUCCACCUACGAUGGUGUUUUCAUCUGGAAGAUAACAGAAUUUGCCAGGAAGCGUCAGGAGGCAAUAACAGGCCGCUCUCCUGCGAUCUUCUCUCCAGCUUUCUAUACGAGCAAGUACGGCUACAAGAUGUGUCUGCGCGUUUACCUGAAUGGGGAUGGCACCGGGCGUGGGACCCAUCUGUCCCUGUUCUUUGUGGUGAUGAAAGGACCCAACGAUGCGCUUCUGCGGUGGCCCUUCAACCAGAAGGUAACCCUGAUGCUCCUGGAUCAGAACAACCGGGAGCACAUCAUCGAUGCCUUCCGACCCGACGUGACAUCCUCCUCCUUCCAGCGACCCAUCACGGAAAUGAACAUUGCCAGCGGCUGCCCGUUGUUCUGCCCCGUCUCUGUGAUGGAAGCCAAGAACUCCUACGUGCGUGAUGACGCCAUCUUUAUUAAAGCCAUCGUUGAUCUCACGGGCCUCUAA